AUGGCCAAAUCAGUAAUUCCACGUAGACCUAUUCUCGCUCAAGUAAUUUUCAUUGCGUGUAUAUCCCUCAGCAUUGCCGUUAUAUGUGGCAUCUUGGUCUUCUAUAUAAUACAUCUACUGGUGAAGUCAGAGGAAAGCCAGCAGCUUGCAAUGCUCUAUGAGAAUGUUGAGAUACCGUUCUUAGGCGAUGAAAAGGAGGGCUCUGAGGACGACUGCCUGGAGGAGUCUGCUUACCUGCUUCCAGAGAAUGAGAAGGAACUGGGAAAGUUCAUUGGUUCAGUUAUUAGAGCAAAGAGGAGGGAAAACAGUAUAAAGAAGAAACAGAGAGAACAGCAACAUUUACCCACGUCGAGCAUCGAGCAGGACGUGUACAGUGGAACAAUGGAAAGUCUGUGA